AUGUCUGGAGUCGAGAAUGAGCCGCCGCAAACCGAGCAUACGGACCACGUCGAAAAGCCAGCACUUGCAUCGGAGAAAGAGGCGGAUGUCGGGGAACCUGCGGGUGUACAUGCAGCCUCCGAGGAUGAUGAUCAGGAUAGUCCACCGAGUCACGGCGUAACCAUCACUGUCGAGGACGCCGAUGCUGAAGAUGCACGGCAGGAGGACGACUCGGGCGAGGCCGCCUCUGAAGAUACUGCCUCGGUAGUGACAGAAUCGCAGCAGGACUCUGAACAAGGCUCGAGGUCCCAAGAAGGGGCAGGGGACGCUCCGCGAUCUCCAGAUGUCGAGCAUGCGCCCAGACAUGCUGCGGACGAGGACCGGAGAGCACACGACGCUGGCUCGGCUCAGCACCAGGACGGACAAGCCCAGCAGGCCACGCACACUGACACACAAGCGGAACCUCGCCCGGAGGCUUCAAUACCAAAGCCCACGACGACCCCACGGCCUCUUCCCGUCAGCUCCACGGUCUUCGUGGUCAGUGCCCUUGAAACCAUUGGAGCAGCCAAGGAGGUCCGCAAGAGUAAAGAGUUCACAGAUGCUGUUCAGGCCGCUCUGGCAAACAUCAAGAACACGGAACAGCCAGUUAAUCCCGAGGUCAUCUUCCGGCCGUUGCAGAUGGCGACGAAGUCAUUCAAUAUACCUCUGCAGGUGACUGCUCUAGACUGCAUUGGAAAGCUGAUCAGUUACUCCUAUUUCGCCUUCCCCGUCGUGGCCGCAAGUCAAGCCGGCUCAGCAGAUACUCCGCCUCUUAUCGAGAGGGCGAUCGAGGCCAUCUGUGAUUGCUUCGAGAAUGAAGCCACUGCCCCGGAAAUUCAACAACAGAUCAUCAAGUCCCUGCUUGCAGCCGUCCUCGACGACAAGAUCGUCGUCCAUGGUGCCGGUCUCUUGAAAGCGGUCCGGCAAAUAUACAACAUCUUCAUCUACUCCAAGUCGAGCCAGAAUCAGCAAGUCGCGCAGGGAUCAUUACUUCAGAUGAUCGCGACCGUUUUUGAGCGCGUCAGACUCAGGCUGGACUUGAAAGAGGCUCGUCUGAGAGAGACCAACGAGGCUAAGUCUGACGAAGCCCUUUCCGCGGACACGUCCAUGUUCGGCCCGGGGGAUGCGAACGGCGCGAAUGGACAGGUCGACACUCCGGACCAAGAAACUCCACCCCAGCUCAUGGAAGGCUCGGCUGCCGGUCAGGAGAAAUUAACGUUGCAGAGCUUCGAAAACAACAAAACCUUGGACGACGCGAUUGUAGCCGAUAGCGCUCCCACGACCGUCACCCGUGCAAGACGAGAACGCAAGAACACCCGCACUAGCUCCGGGCCCGUCUCUCGAUCGAGCUUACAAGAAGACCGCGAGGAGCCAGAAAUGUCUCCAGAGGACGAAGACGAUGUCUACAUCAAGGACGCAUUCUUAGUGUUCCGUUCACUCUGCAAAUUAAGUCAGAAAGUCCUGACGUACGAUCAACAACAGGACCUCCGAUCUCAGAACAUGCGUUCCAAGCUACUAUCCCUCCAUCUGAUAUACCAUGUCAUCAACAACUACACGGCUGUCUUCACAUCCUCAUUCUCCACCAUAAAAAGCGGCAAUAAUACAGAGCCUACGCCAUUCCUCCAUGUGGCCAAACCUCACUUAUGCCUGAGUUUGUCCCGUAAUGCCGCCAGUUCAGUGCCGCGAGUCUAUGAGGUUUGCUGCGAGCUGUUUUGGCUCUCGCUGAAGCAUUUGCGCGUUCUGUUAAAAAAGGAGCUCGAAGUUUUUCUGAAAGAAGUCUAUCUCGCAGUUCUCGAGCGACGGAGUGCUCCCCUGUUUCAAAAGCAGAUGUUUAUGGAUGUCCUGGAAAGACUAUCUGGCGAUCCACGUGCUUUGGUCGAGAUCUACCUGAACUAUGACUGCGACCGAACCGCCCUGGACAAUAUGUAUCAGCAAAUCAUCGAGCACCUCUCACGCAUUUGUAGCACGCCUGUAGUGGUCACAGCCAUCCAGCAACAUCAGUACCAAGAACAGCAGGGAAAGCCGUCGACGCCGGUUUCCGAGUGGCACUCCAGAGGCGCGUUGCUCCCUGGCUUAUCAACAGCGAGUCUCGGCCAGCCUCCUCCCCCUCCGCCAGCGGUACCUGUCGAGUAUGCCCUGAAGCAGCAAUCACUAAGGUGUCUUGUGGAAAUUCUACAUUCGCUCGACAACUGGUCAAGCCAAGGAAGUCAAGAACAAGUUAACGGAUCCGGAUCUCGCUACCCGGCUUCGAGGGGAUCGUAUGAGGACUCGAGAGAAUCUCUGGAUUACAGCGAGAAGCCUCCCGCAUCGCCCCGUGUGUCUCGCUUUGGCAGUGAGUCAGGCGUUUCAACUCCCGUGGCCGAAGAUGAUCCCAGUGAAGUCGAGAAAGUCAGAAUGCGGAAGUCUGCGAUGAAUGAAGCAAUCCGACAAUUCAACUUCAAGCCAAAACGUGGCAUAAAGGCUCUCUUGGCCGAGGGCUUUAUUCGCAGCAACACGCCACAAGACAUUGCAAAGUUUCUGGCGUCGAAUGACAGACUAGACAAAGCAAUGCUGGGAGAAUACCUUGGAGAAGGCGACGAGCAGAACGUGGCCAUAAUGCACGCAUUUGUCGACUUGAUGGACUUCACAAAGCGCCGCUUCGUGGAUGCUUUGAGGCAGUUUUUGCAGAGCUUCAGACUUCCAGGAGAGGCGCAGAAGAUUGAUCGAUUCAUGCUCAAGUUCGCGGAACGAUAUCUCAGCGGCAAUCCAAACGCCUUUGCAAAUGCCGAUACUGCUUACGUACUUGCGUAUUCGGUCAUCAUGCUGAACACCGAUCAACACAGCUCCAAGCUAAAAGGACCCAGGAUGACUGUCGAGGAUUUCAUCAAGAACAACCGUGGUAUCAACGACGGCCAGGAUCUGCCCGCGGAGUAUUUGAGUAGCAUCUUCGAUGAAAUCUCUCAUAACGAGAUUGUUCUCGCAUCCGAGCGGGAGCACGCCGCGGAGUUGGGUAUUGCAACUGCCACUCCGGCUGUCGGUUUUGCGUCGCGAGCUGGCCAGGCCCUGGCCAACGUAGGCAGAGAUCUGCAGAAAGAGAAAUACACUCAGGCUUCAGAAGAAAUGGCGAACAAGACUGAACAACUAUACCGGAGUCUGAUCAGAGCGCAAAAGCGUUCGGCAGUCCGAGAGGCUCUUUCGCGAUUCAUCCCGGCAACCUCGAGCAAGCACGUUGGACCGAUGUUCAAUACAACUUGGAUGUCUUUUCUCUCGGCCUUCUCCAGCCAAAUGCAAGAUGCACAAAAUCUCGACCUAAUCCGGCAGUGCUUGGAGGGCCUCAGAUUGGCAAUCAGGUUAUCCUGCCGGUUCGACUUGGAGACACCUAGAGUGGCCUUUUUGACAGCUCUUGCUAAAUUCACCAACCUCGGAAACCUUAAAGAGAUGAUGGCCAAGAACUUGGAGGCGCUAAAAGUGCUCAUCGAGGUUGCGUUGACCGAGGGCGAAGUAUUGAAAAGCUCAUGGCGCGAGGUUCUGAUGUGCAUCAGUCAACUUGACAGGUUGCAACUCCUUUCGACGGGUGUUGACGAAGGUGUUCUGCCAGACGUGACACGGGCGAGUGUCCAUACACCGUCCAGCUCCACAAAGGAAAACAGCAGGAGCCGACGAUCAAUGCAGGCGGUCAAGCGACCAAGACCUCGGUCCGCACACAGCUUCCGGCCAGAGGUCGCGGACGAGACCAAGUCGACGGACAUGGUUCGCGGCGUAGAUCGUAUCUUCACCAACACUGCGAAGUUAUCAUCUGAGGCGAUUGUCGAUUUUGUCCAGGCAUUGACCGAUGUCAGUUGGCAAGAGAUUCAGUCCUCUGGCAACACCGAAUCGCCAAGGAUGUAUAGUCUUCAAAAGCUGGUUGAGAUCAGCUACUACAACAUGACCAGAGUCAGAAUAGAGUGGACGCGAAUCUGGGAGGUUCUCGGCGAACACUUCAACCAGGUCGGCUGUCACAACAACACUGCCGUGGUAUUUUUCGCCCUCGACUCGCUUCGCCAGCUUUCUAUGCGGUUCAUGGAAAUUGAAGAGCUACCCGGCUUCAAAUUCCAGAAAGACUUCUUGAAGCCAUUCGAAUAUGUCAUGUCAAACAGCACCGUGGUUACUGUCAAAGACAUGGUCCUGAGAUGCUUGAUUCAGAUGAUUCAGGCUCGCGGAGACAACAUCAGAUCGGGCUGGAAGACCAUGUUCGGCGUCUUCUCCGUUGCCGCCAGAGAACAGUACGAAGCAAUCGUCAACAUUGCAUUCGACUAUACGACCCAGAUCUACAACACACGAUUUGGCGUUGUUAUCUCUCAGGGCUCGUUCCCAGACCUGAUCGUCUGUCUUACCGAAUUCUCCAAAAACCUGAAGUUCCAGAAGAAAUCGCUCCAGGCCAUCGAAUUGCUCAAAUCGACUGUCCCAAAAAUGCUGAAGACUCCGGAGUGCCCUCUAUCGAGACGCCAUGGAAGAGUAUCGCAAUCCGAAGCGUCCGACGUGGUUGCAGGAGUGAAGCAGCCGACCUCGCAGACCGAGGAGGAGCAGUUCUGGUAUCCGGUCCUCAUUGCGUACCAAGAUGUGCUGAUGACCGGAGACGACCUUGAAGUACGGUCAAGGGCGCUGACCUAUCUUUUCGAGACGUUGAUCAGAUAUGGCGGUGACUUCCCGAUAGAAUUUUGGGACACGCUCUGGCGGCAAUUGCUGUACCCGAUCUUUGUCGUGCUGCAAAGCAAAUCGGAGAUGUCGAAAGCCCCUAACCACGAAGAGCUGUCGGUCUGGCUGUCGACGACCAUGAUCCAGGCGCUCAGAAACAUGAUCACUCUUUUCACGCAUUACUUUGACUCACUGGAGCAUAUGUUGGACCGGUUCCUAGAUCUCCUCACCUUGUGUAUAUGUCAAGAGAACGACACGAUAGCCCGGAUUGGCAGCAACUGUCUCCAGCAGCUCAUCCUUCAGAACGUCACCAAGUUCUCCCCAGAACAUUGGUCGAGAAUUGUCACUGCGUUUGUGGAGCUGUUCAAUAGGACGACCGCCUAUGAGUUGUUCUCCGCCGCGGCCACCAUGUCGGAUGCUCGACCAACUCCGGCACAAGACGGUGCCGAAGGACUCUCUAUCUCAGGCACCACAAUCGUUGAGACGCCGACAACGAACGGCGCACCUGCAUCUUUCCACGGGCCGAACUCUUCCACAGAAUCCCAAGUAUCUUCGGCACCGACUCCGGAGAUUCCCCAGGCCGACACGACACAAGUGCUAGAAGACUACCGCCCUCAUCAAGAUAUGCAAGCACCCGCGCCGGUUGUGACGGCCGCCAGGCGCCGCUUCUUCAACAAGAUCAUCACGAACUGCGUUCUUCAACUCCUCAUGAUUGAGACAGUCGCAGAGCUCUUCUCGAACGACUCCGUCUAUGCACAGAUACCCUCGCCCGAACUACUACGGCUGAUGGCGUUGCUGAAGAAGUCAUACCAAUUCGCCAAGAAGUUCAAUGGCGACAAGGACCUACGUAUGGCCCUUUGGCGACAAGGAUUCAUGCGUCAACCUCCAAACCUGCUCAAGCAAGAGUCUGGUUCAGCAAACACAUACGUGAGUAUCUUGUUGAGGAUGUACCACGAUGAAGGCGAAGAGAGAAGGUCGAGUCGCGACCAGACGGAGGGUGCUCUGAUACCUCUCUGCGCCGACAUCAUCCGCUCCUUCAUCCUCCUUGACGAAGAAACGCAACAACGCAACAUCGUCGCCUGGCGACCCGUCGUCAUCGACGUCCUCGAGGGGUACACCAACUUCCCACGCGAGUCCUUUGAUCAGCACAUUGAAACCUUUUAUCCCCUUGCCGUCGGCCUGCUCGAGAAGGACAUGGGCUCGGACCUCCGAAGUGCGCUUUGGGGUCUCUUCCGCCGGGUCGGUGAGCUCAAGUUCAAUAUGCCAGAGUGGGUCGGCAGGGGGAGGGCCCGGAGUAUCAGUUCCGCGACAGAGCGGGACAGGAGGAACGGGAGUGUGAGUGCCACGCCGACGAGUCCGAGUAACGCGAGUCGCGGAUUUGAGCUCCCGAGUCACGGUGGGAGGAGGGGCAGUCGAGUUAGUAGUAGGAUAGGCUCGAUAUAA